AUGCCGUUCUUACAAUCCAUAUCAAACUUUUUCGGUGGUCAGUCUGGUACCAACGGUUCAUCAAGUCGAGGUGCGAAUAGACGUUCAGUCAUGAACUCGACAAUGGACGCGUUUAGUCUACCUACGGCCAGCGCAGCGUCUUCACCUGGUCCAAGUCGAAGAGGAAGUAGUGUCUAUCCACCGAAAGAUGCCUUCGCCGGUUCACCGAAUUAUUUCCCUCCCCCUACUCAUACGUUCCACCGUUUACGAAAUGCCCUUGUCGACUCCUUUCCCGAACUUCUCGAAACGCUAAACGGCCCCGCCAACCCACAUCUCCUCGCUGCUUUCGAAGCUGAGCUAGGGUGCAGCUUGCCCCGCGCAGUCAGAGAAUCCCUCUUGGCUGUAGAUGGUCAAGAUUUAGAAGCCUGUGCCAACAUCUCUGGUUCUGGAGGAUUGUUCAUGGGAUUACAUUUCCUACCUCUCGAAGAAAUUAUGAGAGAGUGGGCAUUCUGGAGACAAGCAGAACACAAUCCGAUGGCUGGGAACAAUGCAGCUGUCCUGGCCACAAUGGCUAGUGUCCCACCCAACUGGAUCAAGAAACUCUACGCGUGCAGAGGAUGGAUUCCCCUGUUAUCGGAUCGUACGGGAAACUACGUUGGAGUGGAUUUAGAUCCUGGAGCCGGAGGAUCGUGGGGACAGGUCAUUGUCUUUGGAAGAGAUUUCGAUAGGAAGUGCGUGCUUUGGAGGGGUGAUGGUGAAGGUGGAUGGGGGAAAUGGUUAGCUUCGUUCGUGGAGGAGUUAGAAUCAGGUGAAGGUUGGGAAGCAGAUAAGACCAAUAAUACAUCAGAUGAAGAGGAGGAUAUAGGAUAUGGGAGCUAUAAUGGUGGUGGAUCUUUUGGUGAAUCAGGAAGAGGCCUCAGGCUUGGUGGGCAAUAUCGAGGAUGGAAUGUGCUUGAGGCGUGGUGGGAUAAGUCCGUCAGAAAGUGGGAAAGCUUAGGUUUAGGUUUAGACGUGGAGGAUAUCGAGAAGGGCUUAGAGGAAGCAAGAGUUCUGGCAGGCUAUUCGAAUGAGCCGGAAGGUAAAGGGAAGGGUAAAGCUGUGGAAGGGUUAGGUAUUGGGAUGCGAGUGGGCGAGAGCGCCGCACAAGUUGAAAUACCAGUCCUCGGUUCACCUUCCAUUCCCGCUGGUCCUGGUACACCUGUCCCUCACGACUCGGAUGUCCUGCUUCCACCCGCAUCACCCGAACAACCCCCUAUUCCCAAAAUUCGACAUCCUGCACCGUCCCCAGUCCGCGUCAUCACCCCAGCGACUGAUCAUCCACUGAAAGCUCCUACUUCCGCUUCUGGCUAUCUCUCCCCUCCAUCUCGAUCACCUCCUAGAUCUCGUCGUAAAGAACCGCUCCCUGUCCCAUCACCGAUUGACCUACCCACACGAGCGGAUGUUCAAGCUAUGGCAGCGAUUGCUCAAGCGGAAAAGUCAGGGCUGCGAGGCGGAUGGGUGAUGAACCUUGAUGUGUCAGCUGGUAAUGCUUCGCGUAGAGCUUCCAGAGUUUCCGCUGGCGAAGCUGAGAUGGUGAAUAUAGAUUUAGAAGGUGGACGAGCGGAGAAAUUUGGUUCACCUAGAAUGUCAGAUGCAGAAAUGGAGAGGCAGCGAGAAGAGGAGAAAUUAGCUUUGGCGGGAUUAGAACAUCGUCGAUCACCCGUGUUGAUACAACCGUCUAGAACUCCUUCACCAUUAUCACGAGAAUCAAGCUUUGACGAAACCUCUUCUAUCACUGGUUCGGAGCAGACUCCAAGAGCGACAUCCAGAGGACCAGGAUCAGAAGGGUUGAUAUCUGUUCCACCAUCUGUCAUAGCCGCUACACAAUCUAUACGACCUCCGCCACGAGCUGCAAACAAUUCUGAGCUCAAUAUUAGAACUUUCAUCAAUGAGGAUGAACGUGAUCGACCAGUUAUACGCGGUAGUAGUUCUCGACCGGGAAGGAAAGAAAGAGAAUCAAGUGUGGUGUCUAUGACUUCCCAAGAUGAGUUGUUGGAACGAGCUACGACUCGAUCACCCAGCCCGAGCUUUACUAGUGAGAUCGCCCAUUCACCUACAGCUAUCACCAUGUCGAGGAGUAAUUCCGAACAGGAAGAAAGAUUAGCGAGUCCCCUUGUUACUACAGGACUGAGAAAGGGAGAAAAGCCAGUGGAGGAGGAAUUGGAAGAGAUAAAUCUUGGGGCGUAA